GGAACCCAACCAAAGAAUCACUUAAGCAAGAAAAUAUGAAUCCUGCCAAGAAGAAGUCUAGUUUGUGCCACUGGUCAUUAAAGUCCAAAGUGAAGAUGGACCCCACAUUUGGAAAGCAAUUUGAUUUUGACAUUCCAGUACUGAUGUGGGAGCAGCACUUCACCCCAGAGACUUGGGACAGACUGAAGGAACGCAACGUCCCGUAUGGCUGGCGUGGGUUGUCGUAUGGAGUUAUCGCUUCCACAGUGCAGCUCCUCAAUGACCCUGCCAACAGCAGGCUCUUUGCCAAGACCAGGCCCCCCAACAGCUGCAUCCGCUGUGCUGUGGUGGGCAAUGGGGGAAUUCUGAAUGGAUCCCGCCAAGGCAAGGACAUAGAUGCUCAUGACUUUGUCUUCAGGCUCAAUGGGGCAGUGAUCAAAGGCUUUGAGGAAGAUGUUGGGACAAAGACCUCCUUUUAUGGUUUCACAGUAAACACCAUGAAGAAUUCUCUUAUUGCUUAUGCAGAAUAUGGCUUCACCCAGAUACCACAGGGCAAGGAUAUAUGGUACAUUUUCAUUCCCUCAGAUAUACGUGAUUACCUCAUGAUCAAAUCUGCUGUGUUGGGCAUCCCUGUUCCAGAAGGUUAUGACAAAGGGGAUGAGCCACAGAAAUACUUUGGCUCUGAAGCAUCUGUAGGCAAAUUUAAGCUGCUGCAUCCAGAAUUCCUGCACUAUCUAAUGGAGAGGUUUUUAAGAUCUGAAAUAAUAAACACUCAAUUUGGGCAUCUCUACAUGCCCAGCACUGGUGCACUUAUGCUUCUCACAGCUCUGCACAGCUGCGACCAGGUCAGUGCCUAUGGGUUCAUCACAGAGAACUACAGGAAGUUCUCCGACCACUACUAUGAGCAUGAGAAAAAGCCCUUGGUGUUCUAUGCCAACCAUGACAUGCUGUUAGAGUCUGAGCUGUGGAAGAGCUUGCACCGGGUUGGCAUCAUGAAGCUCUAUCAACAGUGAAGUGGGCAGCUACUCUUGGUUCUCUUGGUGUGAAAGCUUUCCUGUUCCACAGGAGUCCUUUGUCUGUCUUUAUGUAGGUCACGAGUGGAACUGAUACCUGCAGGUUCCAAAUGGAAAGUGCUGUAGCAGCCGUCUGACCUGUUAGAAGACCUAUCUAUGGCUAACAGCCAGCAUAACUCAGAGAAAUUGCUGCAGAAUCACACCAUUGCCAACUCUCCAGCCCAAAAAAGCUGGAGCUAGAUAGAUGAUAAAGAAACAGACACAAUUGUAGCAGCUCAGCAGCCCCUUGCAUACUUUCAAUUAUGCUUUUUCUAGAAGUGAGACGACUGGUCUUUGUGGAAUAAUGUCACGACCUAGUAUGGCAGUUCUUGGCAUCACUCCACUCCUCCUCCUAGCCAACAGAACUCAUUUUAAAUGGGACGAAGGAGCCCGGAGCCCAAUACUGUCCUCCAUUAUGAUAGCCACAUGACAUUGCUUUUAUGUGGUAAUAACAUAGUGAACUAAUGGCUGGGUAACAAAGCCUCAGAACGUCUCUCUAAAGCAGCCAGCUGACUAUUAUGGUCCUAUUGUGGGUCAGCAAGUUCGGAUUCUCUGAUGUGGGAAUUGUGUGUGUGUGAGAGAGAGAAGCACUAGCUGUUCCAGGCAUGAGAGAAUGAAUGUGUAUUGAAGAGACAGCCCGAUAUUUUCAUCUCAGGGCCAGGCACAUACUUCUUUAGGCCCAACUGUGUGGGAAAACUUAUUUAUACCCCUUCUGCUAUACACUGUGGUGGUUUUCAGGAGCAGAGGGCCCCCUCCUAUUCCUACAAGCCUGAUUGAAAACUUUGUCCUUUAAGUUCACCUUAGUGUUAUAUAAAUAUGGGUUGAUCAUGUGACACUUUCUCCUUGCUGGCUCAGAAAGUAGGAUGAAUUAACAUUUAACAUCAGUCUCCCCCUGAUGAGAAUUGGGUUAAACACCUUCGUACUACAUCAGCUGCGGUGGCUCAAGUGGUUAAGACGCUGAACUGCAGGCUGUGGAAGGUCAGUA